CGCGGGCUUCACUCCGGGCGCGGCAGCUGCGGCUAGGGCUGCCGGGGACCAGGAGGAGGAAGCGGGCGCGGUGGAGGCGACUGCGGGGGCGGAGGAGGAGGCCCCCGGCUCAGGUUCCGAGGUUACCCCAAGGUAGCAGCGGGUCAAGGCCAUGUGACCGCAAGGAGCGUCUGCCGUCCCGGGUCUGUGCGGCGGGUGGACAGCACCUGCGGGGGGGGGGGGCUCCGGAGAAAGCGCUUGCCCCCCCCUUCAUGCCGCCCCGCUGGGCUCCAUUCCCCGGGGAGCCCCCUCUGCCCUCCCCAGCCCCCAGCCCGUGACGCCCCCGGCGCUGGGGCUGCAGCUAUGGACCCUGAGCCGGCGCGGCCCCCGCUCACCCUGAGUCAGCCCCCCCGGCCCCCCCGGCGCCAUGGCCGCCUCCAUCUCCUGGGACGCGGUCUACAUCGCGGUGGAAGUGGCCAUCGCGGUGUUAGCGGUCCUGGGCAACGUGCUGGUGUGCUGGGCCGUGGCCAUGAACACCAACCUGCAGAACGUCACCAACUACUUCGUGGUGUCCCUGGCGGCGGCCGACAUCGCUGUGGGCCUGCUCGCCAUCCCCUUCGCCAUCACCAUCAGCACCGGCUUCUGCGCCGCCUUUCACGGCUGCCUCUUCAUCGCCUGCUUUGUGCUGGUCCUUACCCAGAGCUCCAUCUUCAGCCUGCUGGCCAUUGCCAUCGACCGCUACAUCGCCAUCCGCAUCCCCCUCAGGUACAACGGCCUGGUGACUGGCACGCGGGCCAAGGGCAUCAUCGCCAUCUGCUGGGUGCUGUCCUUCAUCAUCGGCCUGACGCCCAUGCUGGGCUGGAGUCGGUGCGUGGAGGCCGUGACCGCCGUCAAUAGCUCGGAGCCCCCGCGCUGCCGGGCCGGCCAGAUGCCCUGCCUGUUUGAGGCCGUGGUGCCCAUGGAUUACAUGGUCUACUACAACUUCUUCGCCUGCGUGCUGCUGCCCCUGCUGCUCAUGCUGGGCAUCUACCUGCGCAUCUUCAUGGCGGCCCGGCGGCAGCUGAAGCAGAUGGAGAGUAAGCCCGCUGCGGGCGAGCGCUCGCGCUCCACGCUGCAGAAGGAGGUGCACGCUGCUAAGUCGCUGGCCAUCAUCGUGGGCCUCUUCGCCGUGUGCUGGCUGCCCCUGCACAUCAUCAACUGCUUCACCCUCUUCUGUGAGAAGUGCCCGCACGCGCCACCCUGGCUCAUGUACCUGGCCAUCGUGCUGUCGCACACCAACUCCGUGGUGAACCCGCUCAUCUACGCCUACCGCAUCCGCGAAUUCCGCCACACCUUCCGCAAGAUCCUCCGCAGCCGCGUGACGCGGGCCUCGGCCCCGCACGCCCGGGACUGCGGCCACGGGCAGGAGCGCAUCAGCCUCCGCCUCAACGGGCACGCUGCUGGCAUCUGGGCCAACGGAAGCACGCCCCGCCCGGGCAGGGCGGCCCGAGCCCCGGAGCCCCCCGGGGACGGCGGCCCUGGAGAAGUGGAGGUGCUGAGCCCCGAGCUCCCCGGCCUGGAGGCGCCUCCGCUCCCCGGCAUCUCCUGAGAUCGGCGGGGCGUGCCCGGGAGCCCUUCCCCAGGCUGGCCUCUCGAGCCGGCAGCGGCCGAUCCCAGAGCGGGCCAGGGAGGGCGCGGGUGCCGGUGGACAGAGGGGAGGGCCCCAGGGCUGCUGCUCGGCUUCUGCCCUCACGGGCGUGCCCGGCUACAGAGGUGCCCCGGGGUGUGGCGGGCCAGGGAGGCUAGGCGGAGGGAGCU